AACUUCACAAACAGCACCGGAACAAGCUCGAGGAUAUCACCCACCGGUUUGAGAGCAUCAAACUCACACUCUCCGAGAAGGUUGAGUCUCUGAGAGGAGAGUGUGACGACCUACGUCAUAGGGCCAGGUCUAGUGAGGAGGCGUUGCAGAGGGAUGCUGACGUCAAAGUGCAGAUGGCUCUAGCCCCGUUCCUCAGCCUGCCCAAAGAGAUAGAGAGUCUGAAGACGGUGGUGGAGAUGAGGAACGAGGAGAUCUCCAAACUACGCAGUCGCAACAUGGACCUGGAGAAACAGCUGGAGGAGAUCCCGAUCGCCCGUGACAAGAUCAUCUCGCUGCAGCAGAAGGUGGAGAACUUGGAGGCCAUCAUCAAUAUCAAGACCGAUCACGAGAAACAACUCCACGAGAAGUGCCAGAUCCUCAUGAGGAAAUACGACAAGGAGUCUCGAGCUAACAAACGCCUCUCCAUGGAUUACGAGCAGGUCAUGUGGAGAAUGUCGCAGAGUUCCGAGUUCGGAUCCAGCGAGAGCUUGAGCAAACGCCAAGUGAGUCGCUCCCCAGCCCGCAGCGAGACCACAUCGCCGGACCCUCGGCAUCGAACCCUCUCCCCUAACUACCAUGGCCCCAACGGAGAUGUUGUCAUGAGGGUGAAGAAGAGGAGCAGCAAGAGUUUGUGCGAGACUGACCGCAAGCUCCGGUCAAGGUCGGCCACUUUCGUGGUGGAGAAAGACGAGAAACUGGUGGAGUCAAGGUCGCCUUCUUCCAGCCCACAGGUCAAGCAGAAGAGAUGGAAGAGAAUUUCGCAGGGAGAAGAAGACGCCUCAGAGAACAGCAGUGACAAUUUGGACGCAGCCAAUGAGAGAGCCAGGAUGUGUGUCUCUGCGGGGCCGGAGAUUUUGUCGCAGUACACGUCCGGUCAUCUUGGGGAUGGGGACGUCUGUGAGGAGAGCGACAUGCCAUCCUUGGGUAACACGAUGGACUCGAACCUGGCAUCUUCUGGUGAGAUGAUCAACUCCUACGCAAGGUCCAUCUCGGGCGUGAGCGACUCAGGCGUGUACGACAGCAUGACGCGCUCGGAGAUGCUUAACUCUUCCAUCGUCAGCACCGACUCGGAGUGGGUGGCCUCGGCCAACGUGUCCCAAAUGCUGGACAGCACCAACGAGGAUUUUGACGGUUCACCCGACGGCUGCUCCGAGCAGGACAGAACUGUGGUCCACAACGUCCGCUCCUACAGCCGCAGUCGCGGAGACAGCGACACGGAGGGGAGCGCGCGACACACGUAUCAGUUCCAGGUUUCGAUACCCGGCAGUACGGGAGAGCCGAGUGCGGACAACGUUUUCGAAGAUCAGGAAAGUGGGUCGCUGGGGAGCUGUAGCCUGUCAUUGGAGAACACGACCGAUGGUGCCCCCAGUGUCAGCAACUCUCGCCUGACAUCAGUGUCGGAGGACUUCAGCUGUCAUGACAUUGCCUGCGACACGACGGUGUCACUGCCGCUUGGCGGUGCGGCCCAGGAUGACAGGACUCCGUCUCGGGACGUGUCCUCGGAUAACUUGUCCGGCCUGCCGCGCUCGGAGACUGUGGUGGAGAAGUGUAUAGGGGAAAUGGGCGGCGCUCAGUGCAAUAGCUCGGGGGAGGGACGGGCCACCCAGGACGAUGUGCACCAAGAAAACUGAGGCCUCUCUUCUUCCCCUAGUUCUUGCAUUUCAUGUCGAUCUAGCUUUAUUUUCCUUCCACACAUUCGUUUCAUUGUUCAGCAUCAUGAAUUUUGGAUUAGAGAAUGAAGAAAUAGGUGUGAUUAUGCAACAUUUCGUGUGACAGUAGUUUAAUGGAAUUCAGGAGCAAUUUGUCAGGUCUUUGUCAUUUGAACUUAAUACAAUACGCACCCGUCCUUUUCUUUGCUCUUUCGCUUGAAUGUAUCCCAAAGCUGUUAGAGAAGUAAGUCACAAAAGUCUGUUGGCAAUGUUGUAGCCGCUACCAUAUCCUUAGGAAAACAUUAACUGUGGCUGUGGGUGUAUCGCUUCAAAGUCUUAGCGUAGGUUGUGUAUUCAAUCACAUAUCUGUAAAGAUCAUGCACAAUUUUAUAGAUUUUCUUGUAAGCAUUGCAUAAUAUGGUUAAACGUAUCAUGUUCAGUAAAAAAAACAACUGACAUAUUCUUUGUUUGGGAUAAAAGAGUAGAAAAACAUUACUUAGUUCCCAUGACAGUAUGUAGCAAAUGUCCAUGUACCCUUCAAGGUCAAAUGUGGGGGGUGUGUCCACUGUGCCUGGUGAUGCCGCGAUCCUGAAACCAUCCAUCCAUCCACAUCACACACCAGGUGGCAGUAGAAGCCAGUCCGCUAUAUCACAUUUUGAUGACGUGCCAUUUAGCUGUAGAACUGAAGGGCCGUGUGUAUCGAAGGUUUUAGGCGUUCCAUGCCUGAGUGGUAGUUCACCUGUAUUUUCCACACCUGUAUUUUUCAAACCUGUAUUCCAUAUGUCCCUUUCUUCAUUUCAUUGUUGAGACUUUUGACUUGAUGCAUAAUAAGCCUGCUUUACAUGAGAUUCUUUCAUUUCUCCAGACGUUGACUGUCAAGAAAAUUUUGAUAAUAUUUGUAUAUCUUCAUUUUCUCUGCAGGGGAAAACAUUUUUCAAAGGGAAUCUUUCUUAAAAAUGAAAGGCAAGGUUUGUCUCUGGUUAGACCAAGAGUAUAUGGAUAGGUUGAAGGUCUCUGAGCUGUGCCCAGUCUUAAUGUGUCUUGUGUCUUUCAGAAGGAUAUUGUGGUUGAUUUCUGAUGAACUGUCUCUUGUGUGUCGGACCACUGACGUUUGUUUCUUGCUUUUCAGGGGUUGGGGGAGGGGGGGGGAGAGAUAUGGGAUAAACCGAUUGUCUUAUUUGUGUCAGGGUACCGGUGUCUGCAGUGUCUAUUCUGUGUCAGGGUAGAGAUAGACGAAUGUUGUGCACGAAGGUACAGGCCGACGCUGAUGUUUCAGUGUUUGGUGCACAGCGAGAUUGGUAUGAAACAUUUCCCCACAAUGUGCAAUCUUUUUCCACACUGUGAUUUGCCAGUCUUUUGGGGUUCACUAAAGGAGUAGUCAACACCAAGGCAACUGUUCCUUGCAGACUUAACAGCUUUAAGAUCACUUUGUCUUUGAUGAUUAUCUAGUUUUUCAUGGACUUUUGUUCUGAAGAAAGAAAAAAAACCUAUUGUUAAGUGGAAAACUCUAUAAAAUGUUUGCUUUUCUCAUCACAAUGUUGCUGGAAGUUGAAAGGAAAGUAUCGAGUUCCUAUUUAUAACUUGCUGUAUUCAUUGAGCCAUAUUGCUCUCAUAAUGUACUGCUUUCCACUUGUAAGCGCUACAGCUAGAUCUAUAUCGUUGUCUGUUCUUUGGAUCUUUAAUGUUUUGUGUAGAAAUCUCUAGAGUGCGAUGUUUUCUCCUUGGAGAGAGAGGGAUGGUUUCCUAUUAGAGUAUGCUUCUUCUUUAUGUCGGAGAAGACAGACAAUGUCUACACAAACAACGAUGACAUGUUCUUGUCAGUUUGGCAGUUUGAUACUUUGAUCUGGGGUUGGUUUCUUUUUUUUGGUGACAAUUUCUCUUCCUGAUGGCUGUGUACUUUUACAACCCCCUUUUCUUAUAUACAACGUUCAGGAAACGUGCAGGGUUCAUAAGAUUCUACUGCUGAUGUGCAAAUGCGGAAACAACAAAACAAAGACGUUGUACAUUUUGAUCUCAGCAACUUCUCCAUAUACAUAUUAUAACUACGAGUGUUUUAUUAUUUGAACAUUUCGAGUCUCCUCAUUAUUUGCCACAUUGGUGCGCGUGGGGAAGAAUUCUUCUGACUCAUUUCAAUUUUUUAUAUUGUGGAAAAACUGUCUCAUUGUUGUAUGGGAGAUGAGUACUAUAUUGCUUUUUCCACGACAUUUCCUUCAAAAGAAAAGAAAAAAAGAA